AUGGAGGGAAUUCCUAUUGCCGAAAUAAAUGGACCUAAAUGUUUUAACCGGGAAACUCAAAAAGCAACUCUCUCGUCCCCAAGGGAGGCCCUAGCUCUUACAGGCAUCUACCAGCUUCUUUCCCUCAUUUCAAUAACAGUGUUUGAUGCAUUGACAUGGAGCAAAGGCAGUUCGUUAGACCAAAAAGACAACAACUCCUUUGAGCAGGUGUUCUUCAUUCUCUUCAUGUCUCUCUCAAUCACUGUCCUGUUCGCCUCUCUGCUGACCUUUGGUUUGACCCUGGUGCAAAUUGCAAUCCCUGCAGUGGACUUCAUUGGCUUACAAGUGAUUCUCAACUUAUGCUUGGGGUUCACCUUGUUCUGCCAGAAGUGUUUCAUCCUCAAAUUGACCCCCCAGAAUGAGAGCCUGCAGGUGGAACGACAGUUCCUCUUCCUGGUCGACUGCUCCAUCAUCUUCUCCUUCGUGGUCGCAGUGGCACUCCUGUCUGCCAAACUACUACAUAUAGUUGCACCUAUACACAGUGCCCUGUAGUACACCAACUGUUAUUAUGGACUGGUCAAAACGUCCUGCUUGUCAUCAAUGAGUGAAAAUGAUCAAAACCAGUCUGUUGAACCGAAGGUGAUGUUGCUAACAGCAAUACACAUAGCAGCAACACCCAUUGCCUCAACAAUUAGCACCACUCAUUUGCUAAUAAUGCUGUUGAU